CUUCGUUUAUAUUUGGUUGGUGAGACGAACACCGACUUAACGUAAUGAGAGAUUAGUUUCACAAUACGUUUGUUGUUGCCCAAGUCCGGAAAUUUAGUCGUAUAUCUAAAUACAUUCCCAAAACUUUAGCAUGUUUUAAUCGUUCCCUUAUGCGCGGUUAGGCCUCCCAUCCCCAUCAUCCUGAAACAACGCAGCAGACAUGGUAGAGCCAACAACACACAAGUUUACAUCCCUUGAAGAGGAGCUGAGCUUCUGGAAGGAGCAGGCAGAGGCACAUCAGCUAAGGGCUGAUGUGGCUCAGGAGGAGCUGCAGGAGUUUCAGCAGAUGAGUCGAGACUAUGAAGCAGAACUGGAAACAGAGCUGAAGCAGUGCGAGGGUCGAAACAAAGAGCUGCGUUUAGACAACAACCGACUCCGCAUUGAACUGGAAAACAUAAAGGAGAAAUUUGAUACUCAGCAUUCCGAUACUUUUAGGCACAUCUCAGCCAUGGAGGAAGAACUUGCACAAACCAAAGCAGUGAGAGAUCACCUGCAGAAAUACAUCAGGGAGCUAGAGCAGUCCAAUGAUGACCUGGAGAGGACCAAAAGGGCUACCAUCAUGUCACUGGAGGACUUUGAGCAGCGGAUGAACCAUGUCAUUGAGAGGAAUGCCUUUCUUGAGAGCGAGUUGGAUGAGAAAGAGAACCUGCUUGAGUCUGUUCAGAGGCUGAAGGAUGAAGCCAGAGACCUUCGCCACGAGUUGGCUGUACGUCAGAAGGAAAGACGACCAUCCAGCAGCCUGGGCAAAGACACAGAUCGGGCGGAUCUGCCGUGCCCCUCAGCUGGUAACCCGUCCAUCCCCAUCGCACCCUCCAAACCUCUCAGCUCAUUUGCCACACCCCCUGCCUCCAGUAUUCGACGAGGUGACGGUCUAACAGGGACUCCCCUCACGACGUCUGCUAGAAUAUCUGCACUCAACAUUGUAGGGGAGCUUCUGAGAAAAGUUGGAAAUCUGGAGUCAAAGUUGGCGUCCUGUCGAGACUUUGUGUACGACACCUCUGUCAGCAGACCAGCACUCCCGGCUGGCCCUGGUAGUCCUACUGGUUUAGAGGGAGGCCCUGAGGUGCAAGCUAGCAGCAUGAGCCCCCCUCCUCAGUACGACAGUUUAGUGAAGCGGUUAGAGUUUGGACCAGCUCCCCCGAGAGGCGUCUCCCAGGGUCCCCAGUCUCCACAGGGAGGGGUCAAGAUUCUGCUAUGAGAGAGAAAAGGUCGAACCACCUCCCUCCUUCAGUAACCUGACCCCCUCCACCCGUCCCCUCUCCAUCCUUAAUAAAGCACAGCAAUGGGACUUUGAACUGAACUGUCUUCCUUGUCGCCAUGUGCCCUGCUGAACUAUUUUGAACAAGAAAGCCACUCUCCUCGCUCCGUGCCCCACAUUAUCAGCGCAUGGACUUCUGCCUUAGGCUAGUAUAACAGCAUAUCUAUCAUAGCAAGCAGCACUACAGCUUGUGUAACAUCAAGGAGCGGGGGUUCUUCUGCUCAUACUAUAUCUUCUAAUGUAUCUUUGACACUGUGGUGAGUAGCAUCGAAAAGAUCCAUCUGUGUCUACUGAUUUGCUUUCUGUGGUGGAUCAAGCACGACAGGGCUGUCGGUACAUUACUGCUCCCAGAGGAUGCAUUUAGGCUGGUUGCUGUUCUUGUUCGUUGAUCAUGAAAUGGGGACCCGAAUAAGGACCAGAGGUAUCAAAAACAGCCACUGGGUGUGACCCUGAUAGAGGGACCAAGAACCUGGAGUAUCAUUUAUACAAAGGUUCUGUCAUACAAAUAUUGUUUAUGACCAAAUCCAAACUAAAGCUGUGAUAAAUGAAAAAGUGGGUAUAUUUACAUGCACACUAAUAUUCCACUAAUAUUCCAAAUGUGACAACAUUCUGAUUUAGGCAUUUUUUUUUUCCCUGAAGGAAGCAUUUUCUGAUUAAGACGUGGGAUAUGAUGGUAUUAUUUGGGUUUUAGGAACAUUCUGGAAUGUGCAUCUGAACUGUGGUUUUUACCGCAGUUUGCGUCACACGGCCUCUUGCCUGUUUUCAGUCGGCAUUGUGUGUUGUUUUGUAUGCAUUGUACACAAACCAACUCUCCAACAGUUUGCAAGGCUGGAGUAGAGAUGUAUGCCCUAAAGGAAGGCUAGCAUUUCUGGUCGUAAGGAGAGACACACCUACUUUUAAACUUUAUGGAAAUUUUGGAUAUCAGCAUGUUUUUCUGAUAUGUGCAAAUAUCACAGCGCUGACCCUUUUAAGAAGGUCGUUCAAGUUAUGAUAGAGAGGCUGUGUUCGCACGGUCAAACAAGUCAGCCACUGGUGGAAAACUUUGAAAAAAAUCCUGGCACGAGUGACAGCUGCAUAUUUUGAUGUCAUAAACGACAUGUUAAGGCAAGUUAAUCUGAGUAUGCAUGGCUGCCAGUAACAUUAGUGGAAUAUUAAUUGUAGGAAUAUUGUCUUUUUUUGGAGUAGGGGGAAAAGAAUGGAAUAUUUUGUGCAUGUAAAUGUAGUCACUGCUCAGACAUAAAAGUUAUAGGUUAGCGUUUUUUCUCUUUAAGGCUGAUAUACAAAAAACAUGGUUAAACUUAAUUCAUUUCAAUAACAAAGUCAGUUUUUGUGUUUUUUUUUUUUCUUUAAGCUAUGGGCUCAAGUAAUGUAGCACUGAACAACACUGGUAUGAAUUAACUUCUGUUGUGGAGGAGCUAGAUAUUGGCAGGUGAAAGGAUGAGUAGGUAUAGCUGAGGCUGGAGCAGCUGCGUGACACGCCCACCAGUUACAUGACUCGCCCGCCAUACUCGCAUGUUAGUCCGCGGUCAACCCCUUCAAUCCUUGGUUGUGAAGCAGAAGCCCUGAAGAAAAUGCUAAGUUACUGUUUAGCAGGUUAUGAAGUGUUUGUUUAAAAGAGAGACAGUUAUGGUAAGGGUAAGGGUUACGUCUCAUUACUUACAGGGUGACUCACGUCUUCAUGUGUAAUGAAUUCUAAAGUGGAUUAUUGCUGUGUUUGGCCUACUCUAUUUACUACAAAGUGGUGUUGUAGCAGGGCUCAAAUAAGUGUUGCGUUGGUGGGUUUGUUUUGUACUGGUGUUGGGCGUGGUUUGCAGGGGUGUGUCAUGCAGGCUCCGAAGGGAAUGAGGCUGCAGCUAUAUGUCUGAAACAGAUGGUUAAAAUCACUUCUCCAAGCUGAGCUCUUAAUAUUUGUUUUCUAGGAGAGACUUAAUGUUGUCCACAGCUGCAAAAACUUAUAGUUGAAAAUGGAUCAGUUGCUGCCAGGAAACUAGUGAUAGCAUUUUAGCCAUCGCUGCCUUCAUCAAUGUUAUUACCUCUUCAGUUUGUAAGCCUUGCUUUGCUGUCACCGCUCAGAUAGAUGAAGUGGGUCGUCUAUUCCUCAUGCUGCAGGUGUCUAGGAAUGAAAUAUGGUCACUUCCCUUCAGGCUAGUUUAAUCUCACAAAGUAUCAGUUUGACCCAGGUUCAUAAUUUCACCUCCUUCCUGCCAUUGCACAGGCUUGUUUAGCCGGCUCAUUAUUUUCUAGUAUGCAAGGCUUAUGAAUGUGAAGUAUAAGAACAGGUUUUUCUGCAGAUUUAUGAUCUAGUGUCACCAAUAACUUUUGUACUGAUUUAAGUUGACUGUAGAAGUUAGAGCGGCACAUGUUCACUACUGAAUGUAUGGUAAUAAUUCUCUAAUAGGUGUGAGACCUCCUGUCUGCCCUCAGGAGCUAUGUGGUGGGCGAAUGAGGAAAGAUAUUAAGCAAUAAUAGAUUUGAACAGGUCAAAGAUAAGCACAGUUCAUAGUAUAUUUGUGUAGGUAUAUAUAGAGCCUAUAUUGAGUGUCCUUUUCCUGCCUUUUAGUAAGAGAUAUUGUGAAUGGAGAAGUAAGAGUGGUUAACAGAUUUAAUGUGACAUUUGUGCUUUUCCCUUAAAUGUUUCUGGUUAUUCUGUCACUACUGCCAUCCAGCAGCUCAUUAAUACUAAUUUGGAUUUUUUGAAGUGGGGCUGUGUGAGGUACCUAUCCAUAGUCAGUGUAUUACUUACAGUAGAUGUCAGUCGGCCCUCAGUCUGGAGAAGUGUCAGGAGUACCGACAAGGAAGCUAAGCAGUGCACUACUAUGGAGGGGUCAGCAGCAAAACAUAUUUUAGCUACCUAAAAUAAUCAAUAUCACUUCAAGUGUCAUUAUAUUGAGAGUAUUUUCAGUUCUUUACCGUAGCGUCAGAGAGUGAUUUGCAACAGGCAACUGAAGCUGUUGUGUCGCUCUCUUCAAAGCCAGACUCCUUUUUGAAAAACAGUGCUUUAACAUCGCUGUACACAGGAGCUUCUGGUCCGCUGCUGCCUCCAUCAAUUAGUUUGUGUUAUUACGUGUAACUGUUUUUCAUGUUUUGUGGCAUGUUUUAAGGUAAAUAAGUUUACCUAAUUUGGUUGUGAUUGGCCAGUGAGCCUGCACACUCUUAU